GUUACGCAGUGUUGUGGGUUUGCAGUGUCCAGGUGUUUAUAAACUACGUCCUACAGGGACUAAUAACUGCAGCAAUGGACCACCGAAUAACUAUUUGGAUAAAAGAAGAGAGAAAAAAUGACGUACCAAGUACACCAGGCUCCACGGUCGAGGUAUACCCCUCCAGUGUGAAAAUAAAGGAAGAAUUGCAAGAUUAUGUGAAUGAAGAGUUACUUCAAGAUCCAUUGAAAAUCGUAGAGACUUGUUUCGAUGGAAAGGAAGAUGGAGGAAUGGAACUGAAUGCGAGUCCAUCUGAGCGUAAUAUUGAAGUAUAUGAAGAGUUCAUCAGUACUGAAUAUGAUCCUAUCAGAGUUAAGAAAGAGGAGGAUUCGGCAUCUGAGAAUGAUUGUCUCGAUGAAUGUGACCCACUGAGCAUGGCAGAUUAUCAGAUGAUGCAGUUGUCUAUGCCAGAAGAUAGUAACGAUUUGCAAUACAGCCAACAGAGGAUUGAUGAAUGAUGCAGGUUAUGGUAAUCAACCCUGAACGUGAAAAAAUACAUACGUGUACAUAAGUAGGAAAAGAAAUCCACCACUGUAAAACUACACUAUUGUUGACGAACUGCUGGAAACAGUGAAGCUUUGUGGCAGAUUAAAACUGUGUUCCAGACCUAUGCCUUUCGCAGGCAACUGCCCUACUGUCUGAGCUCCCCAAGCAUGACUCACGCCCCAACCUCACAGCUUUACUUCUGCCAGUAUCUCAUCUCCUACCUUCCAAACUUCACAGAAGCUCUCCUGCGAACCAUGCAGAUCUAGCACUCCUGCAAGAAAGGAUGUUGUGGAGACAUGGCUUAGCCACAGCCUGGGGAAUGUUUACAGAAUGAGAUUUUCACUCUGCAGUGGAGUGUGUGCUGAUAUAAAACUUCCUGGCAGAUUAAAACUGUGUGCUGG